AGCUUGCUGAGUACUGUAGCCCGUAUGUUGUUCUGGUAUCCCAUGUCUGUGUUCUCCUUGGCCAUUAUUUGUGUUUUUGUAGUACUUAGGAACCCUAGGGAGAUUCCUUCACACUAAGUACAGUAGAGACAUAAAAUGAAGCAGGUGGCUCCUGUUCCUAUGAGAUGACACUUCUUACCUUAUUACAAGUGGGCUGUCAAAGAAAAGUUCUGAUGCCUCUUACUGAUCUUGGAGGAAAUACUUCCUUCUCUGCUCAGCUUGAAAGGAGAUGAAAAUACUGCUUGCAAUUUGAGGCUACCCCUAUAUUCUGAGUUUUUUUAGAAAUGGGUGAUGAAUGAUAUAUAUUGUUAAGAAACAAUGUAUAAAUUAGUUAAAAUAAGCAGCAGCACUACCACUUGGUGUUUGUCUGUCAUACUUUUUGGCUAUUCAAAGGCUGUACACACAAAGUAAUUUGGGUCUAUAUCAACUUUGAGCAAAUUCCCAGCGGAGAGUGGAUUUACAUGCAAGACUCAUGAGAGGCUUUUUGUGCCUGGUGGAGGGUCCCUGUUCCCCUUGGCCCAGUAGGCACCCAUUGUGCCAAGCUACACAAAUGAUGCCAAGAGCUUGGUGACCCCUGGUUUUGGGGCUGAACACUCAUGGCUGUGUGUGUAAGAUUCAUAUGAACACUAAUUGUUCUGCAACUGCAGGACAAAAGUCCUUGCAGAGCUGGGAAAAGCCUCCCUCUGGUCCAGCUGCUCGGCUCUGACAGACCCCAUGGUAGGGGCUGUGUGGCCAUGGUCUGAGCCGCAGAUAUUCCUCUCCAGUGAUGCUUGGCAGUGCAGAUAUUUUGUUUGGCAUAACUAUCUCCUGAUAGGCACCAGUAUAACUUCAUGUAUUCAUUAAAAGAUGUAUUUUUAAAUUUUAUUUUCUUCCAGAAAGAUAUUCCACCUAAACCAGGCCUUACCACAGAACAGAGCUUUCACAGCUUUGCUCUGAAAGUUCUUGCCAUCAAGUAAUUGGAUGAAAAAUGUCAUUUUGUAAAGGUCAUGGUAUCAGUGUCUUGUUUUAAUGGAGAAUUCUUUGACUGUUUGAUUUUCUCCAAACUUUGUCUGUGCUGUAAACUCACAUGUGUGACAAAAGAUAACAUGAAAUCAGAAAAAGGGUAAGCAGUGAAAUCCCAUUGUCUGAACAUGUUUGUGUAAAAAAAAAAAAAGGUGGUCUCUGAAAAAUUAAUUUUCUAAGAAGUCAUGGGAAAAUCAUGUUUUCCUCUUACAGUUGAAAUUCAGAAGUUGAACCCAGUGUGUGGAAAAAUAAAUAACUGUAUCUCAUCUGCUUAGACACAGGCAAGGUCAUGUGUUACAAUUAAUCUCAUCAAAGAUACGAAUGCUGAGAAAAUAUUUGCAAUGCUUAACAAGUGCUUAUUGUGCCCCUGCCUUGUAUAAAAGGCUUCAGGGUGACUGUAGAAGUCCUCCUUCAACCGUGGCAAAGAUGAGGAGCCUGUGGUUCUUGGCUGUUGUGCUUGCAGCCCUAGGCGGGUGCCUCGGCUCGGAGCAGGAUGCGCAGUGUCCCGGAGCCGUGGCGGUGCAGAAGCGCAUUGACUGCCACCCGCAGCCGGGGGCUUCCCAGGAGGCCUGCGAGGCGCGGGGCUGCACCUGGUGCUCCACCGAUGUGCCCAACGCUCCCUGGUGCUUCUUCCCUGAGGACAGCCCCUACGGCUACGCCCGGAGCGGGAGCACCGAGCAGACGGACAAAGGCUGGAGGGUCACACUGAACAAGCGCCAGUCCUUGACCCUCUUCGGAAAUGACAUUUCCCCCAUUGUAUUGGAAGUGGAGUUCCAGACAAAGGACAGACUCCGGUUCAGGCUCUACGACCCCAACAAGCAGCGGUUUGAAGUCCCACUCAAGAUCAAUGGCCCCGGGGUUACCGCUGAAGAAGCCAACUAUGAGGUGGAGUUCUCAGAGGAUUCCACACACUUCACAAUCAAGAGGAAGAGCACUGGCACCGUGCUGUGGGACAGUCCCCUGGUUGAUCUGUUUUUCUCCAACCAGUUCCUUCAGAUCACCACCACUGUUCCAUCCACUUCUGUGUAUGGGUUUGGUGAACAUGAGCACCCGACCUUCAAGCACAACAUGGACUUCGUUACCUAUGGCAUGUUCGCCAGGGAUCAGGCACCAACGUCAUUUGCCAACCUCUAUGGAGUUCACCCUUUCUAUAUGUGCGUGGAACCUGACUCCAAUGGCCACGGUGUUCUCCUUCUGAACUCCAAUGCACAAGAUGUUACUCUGUCUCCAAACCCAGCUUUAACUUUCCGCACUAUUGGAGGGAUCCUCGACUUCUAUCUCUUCAUGGGACCAACUCCUGAAAACGUAGUUCAGCAAUACACUGAGGCCAUUGGACGCCCACACAUGCCAGCCUACUGGUCUCUGGGAUUUCAGCUCUCCCGCUGGGGCUAUGGCAGCCUUGAUGUUCUGAAGGAAACUGUCAAUCGCAUGGAGCACCAUGACAUCCCAUAUGAUGUCCAGCAUUUUGACAUUGACUACAUGGAACGUCGCCUGGACUUCACCUAUGAUAAAGUGAAUUUUGCUGGUCUGCCAGAGUUCAUGAAAGAUCUGAAGAAGAAAGGAAAGCACAAUGUUGUGAUUCUGGACCCUUUCAUAACCAAGGAUGAGGAGCCAGGCACUUACAGACCUUACGAACUCGGCCAGGAAAUGGGAGUGUGGGUGAACAACUCUGAUGGUGUAACUCCUGCUGUCGGGCAGGCCUGGCCUCCUGGAGAUUCUGUGUUUCCUGACUACACCAAUCCUAGGACUGUGGAGUGGUGGACCCAGUUGUGUCUGGAGUUUAAGGAUGUCCUUGACUACGAUGGGAUCUGGAUUGAUAUGAAUGAACCAUCCAAUUUCAUGAGAGGCCAGUAUCCUGGAUGUGCUGAUAAUGAAAUCAAUAAUCCUCCUUACACUCCUAGCAUCUCUGAUCGUUCCCUGGCAGAAAAGACACUGUGUCCUGACUCCAAGACUUACCUUGGAGACCAUUACAACACACACUCUCUUUUUGGCUGGUCACAGACAGAACCAACUUUCAAUGUUGUCCAGCAGGCAACUGGAAAGCGGGCAUUUGUCUUGAGUCGGUCCACAUUCGUUGGCAGUGGGAAGCACAGUGGACACUGGCUGGGUGACAACUUCUCUCAGUGGAAGGACCUGCGCCGGUCAGUCGUUGGAAUCCUGGAAUUCAACCUCUUUGGCAUUCCCUAUAUUGGUGCUGAUAUCUGUGGGUUUAACUACAACACUACCUACGAACUCUGCCUGCGCUGGAUGCAGCUUGGCUCUUUCUAUCCAUUUUCCAGAAAUCACAAUGCAGAGGGAAACAGCGAACAAGACCCAGCAGUGUUUGGAGAUGCAUUUGCCAAGAUAUCUCGUGCUACUCUUCGGAUUAGAUACUCACUCCUGCCAUACUUGUACACCCUGUUCUACGAGUCUCACAUUCACGGAGGCACGGUGGUGCGGUCGCUGAUGCAUGAAUUUACCUCUGAUCAGGAGACUCAUGGAAUAGAUACUGCCUUCCUUUGGGGACCUGCCUUUAUGAUUGCUCCUGUUCUUGAAGAGGGAGCAAGAUCUGUGACUGUAUACUUCCCUGAAGCACAAUGGUUCGACUACUAUACCGGUCUUAGAGUGCCAAAUGCCUGGAAGAAGAACUAUGCUACUGUGUCUGCCCCACUGAGCAAGAUCCCUCUGUACAUCCGUGGAGGGUACAUUCUGCCACAACAGGCACCAGCCACAACCACUACUGAGAGCCGCCUGAACCCAUUUGGACUGAUUAUUGCCCUGGAUGAACAAGGACAAGCUUCUGGAUCUCUCUUCUGGGAUGAUGGUGAUUCCAUUGAUACUAUUGAAAAAGAGAACUACUUCUUGGCUAAAUAUACAUUCAGCAAAGGAAGCCUGAAGACAGAAAUAAUUAAAAAUGGCUACCGUGGAGCUGACACUCUGAAGUACAACAAAAUUACCAUUCUUGGCCUGAAACUGAGACCUCAAGCUGUGUCUCUGAAUGGAAGAUCCAUCCGUGGAGAUGCUUUGUCUUACGAGAUGAGUGGGAAACUGAUUUUGCGGAUUUCUGCUCCGCUUACUGAGGAACUCAACAUUAAGUUUUACUAGAAUGGUCAGAACACACUGGCUUAAUUUACCAUUCUUGACCCUCAAGAUAUUGAUCUCAAUAUGAUUUUAAUGAAAAAAAAAAUUAAUCAUUACAACAUUGCUUAUGAACCACAUGGCUGAUGACUGAUCUUUUCUUAUGUAGUAUUUGUAACUCAGUAUUCCUCAAAUAAAAGUUUCAACAGUAGUUAAUGAGUAUUAACAUAAACUGAUGUGUGUUUAAAAUAGCAUAGAAGAAAUCAUUCUGACAAUUCUGUCUCACCACAGAUGGAGAUAAUAUUUGGAAAUGUUCUCAGUGGGACCAUAUUCUGCACAGCAUACACUGCUUCGGGUUUUUUUCAAAGCU